UUUUCUGAAGUUAGUGUUCCCUAACGUGGAAGAAAGAAGAAAUUCUAUUGUGAGACGAAGCUGAUACAAGGAUUAAACUCUCUUCAUUUUUCGAAGUAGAUCUGCUCAGUUUGUUUCUUGCCCUAUUUUCCCGAGAAACUCUGGGAAACACGGGGAGGGAUGAAGCGAUUAAGAGAUGAUGGCUAUGUAGGGUCUCAAUUCAAACGACCGUACGGUUCGUCUCGCGGGGAUUCCUAUGGGCAACCCCAAAUCCCUGGUGGAGGGGGAGGAGGGGGAGGAGUAGGAGGAGGAGGAGGAGGAGGUAGCAUGCCGAAACUAACAACGACUGAUGCCUUGACCUAUCUCAAGGAGGUGAAGGAGAUGUUUCAAGACCAAAGAGAAAAAUAUGACAUGUUCCUUGAGGUCAUGAAAGACUUUAAGGCUCAAAGGACUGACACUGCAGGUGUCAUAGCAAGGGUGAAGGAGUUAUUCAAGGGGCACAAUAACUUAAUUUUCGGAUUUAAUACCUUCCUGCCAAAAGGAUAUGAAAUUACCCUCCCAGAGGACGAACCUCCCCCAAAGAAGACAGUUGAGUUUGAAGAAGCUAUCAAUUUUGUAAACAAAAUCAAGAAACGUUUCCAAAAUGAUGAUCAUGUCUAUAAAUCCUUUCUGGACAUUUUGAAUAUGUAUCGUAGAGAGAACAAGGACAUACAUGAGGUCUACCGUGAGGUGGCUGUACUUUUCAGUGAUCAUAAAGACUUGCUUGAAGAAUUUGUAAGAUUUUUACCAGAAUCUUCGGCAAUGCACUCUGCUCAGCAUCUUCCAUAUGGUCGAAACACCAUCCAGCAUUAUGAUGAGCGGAAUUCUUCUACGCCCACACUGCGGCAAAUGCAUGUGGACAAGCAACGUUGCUGGCGGGAUAAAAUUAUUCCUUCCCAUGCUGAUCGUGACUCUAGCAUCUAUCGUACUGAUCUGGAUGAUGAUAAAGCAAUGAUGAAGAUACACAAGGAGCAGAAGAGACGGACUGAAAAGGAGAACAGGGAUAGAAGGAAUCGUGAUCAGGAUGAUAGGGAGCCCAGUCAUGAAAACAAUAGGGACUUCAACUUGCAGCGUCUUCCUGAGAAAAGGAAAUCUUCACGGAAGGUUGAAGGUUUUGGGGCAAAUCCUAUUUUGGCUUCAUAUGAUGAUAAAGAUGCAUUAAAAAGCAUGUGCAACCAAGAAUUCAUCUUCUGUGAAAAAGUUAAGGAGAAGUUAUGCAGCAUGGAUGAUUACCAGGCAUUCUUAAAGUGCCUUCAUAUUUAUAGCAAAGAAAUAAUUUCACGGAGUGAAUUGCAGACUUUGGUUGCUGACUUACUUGGAAAAUAUCCAGAUCUUAUGGAUGGUUUCAAUGAAUUUUUGGAACGUUGUGAGAAUAUCGAUGGAUUCCUUGCUGGUGUUAUGAACAAAAAAUCUUUGUGGAAUGAAGGACAUUUAUCCAGAUCAAUGAGAGCAGAGGAGAAAGAUAAAGAGCAGAAGCGGGAAAUGGAAGGAGCUAAAGAAAAAGAUAGAUGCAGGGAGAAGUAUAUGGGAAAAUCCAUUCAGGAGCUUGACCUCUCUAACUGUGAACGUUGUACUCCAAGCUAUCGGCUUUUGCCAGAGGAUUAUCCCAUAGCUAUAGCAAGUCAGAGAUCAGAGCUGGGCGCUCAAGUGCUAAAUGACCAAUGGGUAUCUGUGACUUCAGGUAGUGAGGAUUACUCUUUUAAACAUAUGCGCCGAAACCAGUAUGAAGAAAGCCUGUUUAGGUGUGAAGAUGAUAGAUUUGAGCUGGAUAUGUUGUUAGAAUCUGUGACUUCAGCUGCUAAGCAUGCUGAAGAUUUGCUGAACUCCAUCAAUGAUAAUAGUGUGGGGAGUCCAAUCCGUAUUGAAGAACACUUAACAGUUCUAAAUUUACGAUGCAUUGAUCGUUUAUAUGGUGACCAUGCUCUGGAUGCAUUGGACACAUUGCGUAAAAAUAUAUCUCUUGCAUUGCCGGUUAUAUUAUCUCGCUUGAAGCAGAAACAUGAGGAGUGGUCUAGGUGUCGCUCAGAUUUUAACAAAGUUUGGGCUGAAAUCUACGCUAAGAACCAUUACAAGUCACUUGACCACCGGAGCUUUUAUUUCAAGCAACAAGAUUCAAAGAACUUGAGCACAAAAUCCCUAGUGGCCGAGAUCAAAGAACUUAAAGAGGAAAAGCAGAAUGAGGAUGAUAUGCUUUUGGCCAUUGCUGCGGGAAACAGACGUUUUGUAAAUCCAAAUUUGGAGUUUGAAUACUCGGAUGUCAACAUUCAUGAUGACUUGUAUAAGCUUGUCCAAUACUCAUGUGAAGAGGUCUGCACAACCAAUGAGCAGUUGAAUAAAGUUAUGAGGCUUUGGACUACCUUCUUGGAGCCAAUGCUGGGGGUUCCUUCUCGAGUCGACAGGGAAGAGGGUGCUGAAGAUGUUGCAAAGGCAAGGCAUGGUGCUGUCAAAAGUAGUGCAUCAAGCACAGGUGAAAGAGAUGGAAGUCCUGGUGCUGAGGCUGCUGUCAUGAAUUCCAAGCAACCAAAUCUUGCCAGUAAUGGAGAUGAAAAUGCUAUACCAGAAUCAGCAAACUCCUGCAGAGCUAGUUUGGUGAAUGGGGAUAGUUUACCCAAAGACAAUCAUGACUCAAGUCACAUCUCUAAAGAUGAUCCUCCCCAGCUUGAGAAAGAGCUAAAGAAUGUAGCUGCAACUGAGAAAAUUUCUGGAUUUAACAUACAAGUUGGUUCUGGUGAACAAUUAAUUGAUUCAAAUGCGUCACUUGCUACUGGAGCAGAAAACAAUCUUGGCAGAGCCCACAUGGAAGUGAUGUCAGGGCAUGUCUCAACUCCUUCAAGGCCUGGCAAUGUUGCUAUUGAGGAAGGUCAUGAACACAAACCUGGUUUUGAUGCUUCAUCAGAGGGUGGUGAUGUUAUGAGAACAGUUAUAUCAGCAAAUGGGGUGCUUUCUGAAGGCACUAAAUUGAACAAAUAUCAUGCAGAAUCUGUUGGACCAUCCAAAAUUGAAAAAGAAGAGGGAGAAUUAUCACCUAAUGGUGAUUUUGAGGAGGAUAAUUUUGUUGUCUAUGGAGAUGCUAGUACCCAGGCUGUGCCUUUGGCAAAGCACAGUUCUGAAAGGCGGCAAUUCCAAGCAGGUGAUGGACAAGAGAGGGAUUGCCAGGUUGCUGGAGGAGAAAAUGGUGCAGAUGCUGAUGAUGAGGACAGUGAAAAUGUUUCUGAGGCUGGUGAAGAUGUCUCAGCCAGUGAGUCUGCAGGUGAUGAGUGUUCUCGGGGAGAGCAGGAAGAGGAGGAAGAUGCAGAACAUGAUGAGCUUGAGGGGAAGGCUGAGAGUGAAGGUGAGGCCGAUGGAGUGGCUGAUGCAAACUUUGUUGGAGGGAAUGGCGUGAUAUUGCCAUUGUCAGAACGUUUUCUACCGACUGUGAAGCCUCUUGCAAAGCAUGUGGCUUCAUCAUUGCAUGACAAAGAAAAGAAUGAUUCUCGGGUUUUUUAUGGAAAUGACACCUUUUAUGUGCUUUUUAGGCUUCAUCGAGUACUGUAUGAAAGAAUUCUAUCAGCAAAAGUAAAUUCCACAUCUGCUGAAAUGAAAUGGAGAGCUUCAAAGGAUUCUAAUCCUCCUGACUUCUAUGCUAGAUUUAUGAGUGCAUUAUACAAUUUGCUAGAUGGUUCUUCUGAUAAUGCAAAAUUUGAGGAUGAUUGCCGAGCCAUUCUUGGCAACCAGUCAUAUGUGUUGUUCACAUUAGACAAACUGAUUUAUAAAUUGGUCAAACAGCUUCAAACUGUUGCUACUGAUGAGAUGGACAAUAAACUUCUUCAACUUUAUGACUAUGAGAAAUCCCGGCGAUCUGGGAAGUUUGUUGAUUCAGUAUAUCAUGAAAAUGCAUGUGUUUUUCUUCAUGAUGAUAACAUAUAUAGGUUUGAAUAUUCAUCUUCCCCAUCUCGGUUGUCCAUCCAGCUGAUGGACAGUGGAAGUGAAAAGCCUGAGGUAGUUGCAGUUUCAAUGGACCCUAAUUUUGCAGCUUAUCUGCACAACGAUUUUCUGUCAUCUCGUCCUAGCAAAAAGGAGCCACUUGGUAUUAUGCUUCAGAGAAACAAGCAUAAAUAUGGAGGUCUUGAUGAUCUGUCUGCUACAUGCUUGGCUAUGGAAGAUGUUCAUCUGGUCAAUGGUUUGGAGUGUAAGAUAGCUUGCACCUCAUCCAAGAUCUCGUAUGUUCUGGACACAGAAGACUACUUCUUCCGCACCAGAUGGAAAAGAAGAAAGUUGACAGGGAGCGAAGUAUCACAACGAAACUGGGCAAGAGUAGAACGAUUUCACAGAUUCUUAUCAGCCUCAUAGUUGUCUAAUAUAUUUUUCAGCCGGACUGUUAUGCUCAAGUGGAUUGAAGCUCUUCAGCUGCAGAACUUGCCAGCAAAGGAAAAUGAUCCAAGUUGGGGGGAAAACAUAGCAGAAAAGCUCUCACAUUUGAAGGGCCAGGUGUUAGAUUGUCUCCUGUUAUAUAUUUAUAUAUAUAGCUCACAUUUGAACUCCCAACAUUUUGUCAAUAUGCUUCUCCUAUCAUUGUUACUUGUAGAAUAUAGGCAAAAGCUUUCCUUUCCAGGGUGUCUAGUGAUAUGGAUGAAUAUGAUGGUUGGAGAUGGUUUAGGAUUUUUGCAAUGUAUUGUAAAAAGGUUUCUGAAAUAACGAGACACAGCCAAUCCUUGUGGCUGUUUGAAAA